UAUAUAUAAAACCAAGAUUUAGAAAACACUGUAUUUCUUCUAUCUUCUCUUCUCUCCCCUUCCCGAAUUAUUCAACCUUCUUCUUGAACCAUUAAUCUACCUCCAGUUUAUGAAAGGCCUGCAGGGAUCUUCUACCUGGAAACUUUCCCGCUGAAUCCUCUGAUUCUUUCCUGGGAAAAUAUGAAUACGAGUCGCGUCAGAUCAUCCCCUGAAUUGGUUUCAGCUGGCGCCUCGGCCGAAACCAAACCAGAAGAACGCGACGAUUCCAGUUUAGAAGGCGUUGCUGCAACUGUGAAGCUGUUACUGAAACUGAUUCAAGAUCACAAAGAAGCAUGCGCCAAAGAGCAGAACGACAAGCGGCGGAUGUUGAGAGUCGCGGGAAUGAUGACGAUUCUGGAAAACGUCCGAACCCGGAUCCAAAACUGCCAGUCAUUCGGCAAGAACGCCGCCGCCGGGCUGAGGCGGUGCAACACCGAUCUCGAGAAGCGCAACGCCGCGCCGAGAGAUCAGAAGAAGGCGGCUGAAUCCAUCGACGAGAAAGAGAAGCUGCGGAAGCAGCUCACGGCCAGCCUGGCCGCUCGGAAGAGCCUCGAAGUCAUUUGCUCCAGCCUGGGAAAGGAGAAGGAGAUCAUGGUCGGAGAAUUAGCCAAGAAGGUUCAAGAAUUGAGUGAAACGGAGGAGCUUGUGAAUGAUCUAAAGGUGCAGAACGAGAAGCUGCUGGCCAAAGUCAGAGGCUACGCCGGCUCCGGCGGCGGAGGUGGUGGCGGGAGGGACGAUUUAUUUGGAAGCGCCGCCAUGCAGGAGCGGAACAGGGUGUUGACGGAGCAGGUUUUGAGGUCACUUGAAGGGUAUAAAUCGGUGAAGAGGAAGCUGAAGGAGUUGCAGGCGGAGAAAACGGCCAUGAGGGAGGCGAUGGAGGAGCUGGGUGCCGAGGUCGGCUAUGGGCUGGGAAGAAUCCGGCGAUUCAAGGAAGGCGUGUUAAAGGAGGUGGAGAGUGGAGACAAGGGUGGUGUAAAUAUUGAAGGGGAGAUAUCCAAGUUGGAGCACACGUUUGAGAGACUACAUUUGAAAGUUUCCAGGCUUAGUGCAUGAGGAAGAAGAACGAGGACGAGGUGCUAGUUUAGACUCAAAAUCUUUUAAACUAUUUUGAACUUUUCUUUUUUCAUUUCUUCUACGCGAAAAGGGGUAAGUUUAGACGGAGAAGGCGCCAUCUAUCUCUCACCCCACUUGUUAGGUUAGACUUGGUGGGACUAAUUCCACGCUGACUUUCUCCUACUACGUAAACUUAAAAGUGUCAUCCAUAUAAGACCAACAGUACCUUUCUUUGCUAGGCUUCGAUGGCAAUAUUAUCAGUCUUUGUACGAUAACUCUUGUUCCAUUUGCGCAAGCACCAACUGAUAUCUUAGUGUGUUUAACCAUAUUCCUUUAGGAGGAGAACAAGUAUAUAUCCAACUGCACUGUUGUACUAAUAAAAGGGAAUCAUCAGUUUUAACUAAUUACUGGGUUGUCUAGCUU